AUGAAUACGUUCCAGGUGGUCGUACGUGUACUCUGCCUUUCAUAUAACCAAUACAGCCAACUUGGUCAUAUCAUUAUUACAGCUAUCUACAAAGGCACCGCAAACGACCCGACACCCUUCCCUCCUCCAUCCAAAUCACACGGCUCGUACCAUUGGGCGUUUGAGCGUCUCCUCUCCGCAGCUCUUGUGCCAAUUACCGGUGCCGCAUUCGUGACAACAGGCAGCCAAUACCCACUUAUCGACGCCCUCCUCGGUGUCUCGCUGGUCAUUCACAGCCAUAUCGGCUUCGAAUCCAUUCGUAUCGACUACCUCCACCCACGCAAGUUCCCAAUUUUUGGGCCAAUUACAAAGUGGGCUGUUCGCGGAUUGACUGCGGGCGCAGUCUACGGUGUCUUCAUGUUCAACACGAAUGAUAUUGGUCUGUGUGAAUUGAUUACACGGGUUUGGCACGCAUGA